UUAGACUAAAAGCCACACAUCCUUGAAUACAAACUACAAAGUUUAGUGGCUUUCAAACGAGCGUGUAGCAAACAUGUAUAAGUUGCUGUGUAUAUUAUUGUUUAUAUUACACGUGAACGGGCAGGAGUAUGAUGCUGAUUGUGUCACGCCAACAGGCCUGGCAAGUCACUGCAUCUCUAUCAACGACUGCGAAAAGUUGAAGCCACUCAUACGACUACCUCCAGUACAACGGGAGGCUCUCAAAUCAUGGCACUGUGGUUAUGAUGGUGACGUACCUAGAGUAUGCUGUCCUCCCACCACGCCCAAGACCAGAUGUCACACAGUCAUGGGAAAGGCCGGUAUAUGCGUCAGCACUAAAGCGUGUCCCAGCAUUGCGAUACGUCUGAAACCACCCGUCAGUACUGCAAAUCUGGAGUAUGUUUUACGGUCGAAAUGUCGUGGUCCGGCCGAAUUGAACGUGUGUUGUGAAGAGCCAGUACGUAAACCCACACUUGAGAAUACGAAAGCGAACAUAACAGCUGAUGACAGGAUUAAUAUCAUCACUUCGAAUCCCAUUGAGAAAGUCACGGCUAACCCAGUAUCAACCAACAAUCUGCCAAACACGAAUUCCAUAGACAGACCAAACUGCGACACAGUAGACAUUCCUAACCCCGACAGUGGUUGUUGUGGAAUCGACAGUAAUGGCGGAAACAGAAUUAUCGGCGGAAACGCUACUGCAAUAGAUCAAUAUCCGUGGUUAGCGCUCCUAGAGUACUCCAACACACGUUGGAUAUGUGGUGGAACACUUAUUAGCAGACGUUGGGUCCUAACUGCUGCGCAUUGUCUCGUCACGCACGAAAUGAAGAGCAGAAACGCACAAAGCGUCCGCCUUGGGGACUAUAACAUAACGAAUCCUGGCAUCGACUGUGUUGAAGUCGAGGGUGGUGGCACUGAUUGUAUUGCUGAGCCACUAUCAAUUACCAUCAAUGAAACGAUAAUUCAUCCAGAAUAUAGGGCUCCAAAAACAUUAGUUGAACCAAACGACAUUGCAUUAAUCCGCCUCCAGGAGUUAGCUCCAUAUUCAGACUUCAUUAGACCGAUUUGUCUUCCGCUCUCCGACGUGUUUCAAUCACCACCAGCGAAUAUGAAACUGAUCGUGGCCGGAUGGGGAGCCAUGAGUGAAACAAAAUCAUCAAGUGACGUUAAAUUACACGUGGCCUUGCCGUUCUUUGACCAACAGAGCUGCCGGAAACUAUAUUCCUUGAAGGGAAAACCAAUAAUAUGGGAUAAGCAAAUAUGCGCAGGCGGCGAGGAUAAUAAAGAUUCCUGUAGCGGCGACUCAGGUGGUCCCCUCAUGUACAUGGAGGAAGAAAAGCCAUUUCAGAUAACCGGUAUCACGAGCUUCGGCGUAAAGCAGUGCGGUUUUAAGGGACGACCCAGUAUUUACACUAAGGUCAUUUCGUAUGUCGAUUGGAUUAGAAGUGUGGCUAAGCCGUGAUUGUAUUAUUAGUAAAAAAAACUCAGUCUAUUUUAAAUUGUUUAUUAUAGAUACUUGCAUUAUAAUAGAUAGUUAAAAUUUAGUUAUAUCCCAACGGAUUGAAAGGUUAUACUACUUUUUUUAAAUUCGUAAAUUAAAGUUGGAAAUUUGAAACAUUGUACGAUAUUAGUGAGAAUUGUGAGUUAUGAUUUUUUAUGAGGGAAGAAUUAAUUGCUUGUUUUAAAUAAUAUAAAUCAUGACUAUAGACAAGAACGCAAGACGCAAUCAAUAAUGAAACAAUAUUUCUAAUAGCGUCUAAUACAAGUAGAUCUAUGUAGUCAAAAUCUCCACAGCACUAACAGUUUAAAACAAUGAACGUAAUACUAGAGGACUUUAGUAAUGAUAAUUAUUAGAUAAACUUGCAAUAGGGGUCAUAUUUGAAUAUUGUAAAUAUUAAUUUUAAUCUACCGACUUUGCCAUACAUUUGCUAUGUUUGACAUUACUGUUGUUAAAUUUAUAUCCAGAAGAAAUGGUUCAAACUACUCAUUUUAUUAUGUGUCUAGUGUAUAGUAAUAAUAUUAAUUUUAAUUAUUUAACAUACGUAUACAUAACGUGUAUUUAAAAAUGUACACCCAAUUGCAAAUAAUUGUUUUUGUAUAAUUGCAUUUAUCUUAAUUAGAAGAAGUUGUAACCAUAUAAUUAUUUAAAAAAAAUGUUAUUAACUAGAAAAAUUCUUAAAAUUAAGUAUCCCAUAGAA